UGUAAUCCCAUGAAUAGGGACAUAGUCUAAUGUAAGUUAGAUUUUUUCCUUUCGAAAUAUAUCACGCAACGCGAGCCUUCGAGUCGAUACAUCGCUCCACAUCGUUCGUACGAACGAAUAUCGAGGCAUGAUCAAGAAAAGUGUUUAACGAAAAUUAAUGUAUGGAUCCUCUUUAAAAAUCACUUUUAUUCCGGAAAGAAAUUAUUGCUUUUCAUUUGCUCGGCAAGCACCAUUUCGAUUUGGACGGGAUCAUGGGGAAUUCGGUCUGAGAAUUUAUUAACGUAGUCACGCUGUAACGUGCAAGAGGUAUCACGUACCUCGGUGUAUGUAUUUACAAUAAAUUAUAUGAUUAUCAGCUAAGGUAUGGAAGAGUACUCGAGAGAACCAUGCCCUUGGCGUAUAGUAGAUGACUGUGGUGGUGCAUUCACAAUGGGUUUAAUUGGUGGAGCCGUCUUUCAAAGUAUUAAAGGCUUCCGUAAUGCACCCAGUGGAAUGUCCAAACGACUUCAAGGCAGUUUCAUGGCGAUCAAACAACGGUCUCCCAUCUUUGCUGGAAAUUUUGCAUCUUGGGGCUGUCUGUUUUCGACGAUAGAUUGUACAUUGAUUCAAAUUAGAAAAAAGGAGGACCCUUGGAAUUCUAUUAUUAGUGGAGCAGCAACUGGUGGUAUAUUAUCAGCAAGGAGUGGUUUACCAGCUAUGGCUGGUAGCGCGAUCAUUGGUGCUGUGCUAUUGUCCCUGAUCGAAGGCGUAGGAAUAUUUUUCACGCGUGUGUCCGCGGAUCAGUUCAAACCUCCCUCGAUCACAGACGAUCCGAAUUUUGGACCACCGCCGCACGGUAAUCCGUCGUAAAAUUUUAAACACAUUUUAGACACAUUUCAAAUCACACUCAACUAAUUAAGUACAAACGUUUCGUAUUCGAAAACGAUAGUAGUUGAAAGAUAUGGUUGCCAGUACAUGAAAUCUGUAUAGACAAUGGAACUCCUUGAUUUAAGAAAUAAUAAUAGUUAAUUUUUUAUUCAAUGUUGUUCCUUUCUGUAUUUUUAUUGAACUGUUAAUAUACGAAUCGACACAGCCGGUACAAACGUAUUAAUAAUAUAUAAAUAUAAUAUAUAUUUACAUAUAUAUAUUACUAAAAUCAAUUGACAACAUAUUAUGUCAGGAUAUAGGUCUUUUGUGAAAAGACUAUCUAUAAUAGAAGAGAUAAACGAGGGCUGAUAAAAUUAUCGUCGAUAUUGUAAGAUUAAUUGUAUUAUUUGUAAUGCUUAGUUCUAUUAAACAUCUUCUUCAUCAUCA